AUGAACAGAUUGCCGACUCAGAAGCCUCCGGCGCUGGGGCCCAUAGCGUUCGCGGCCCUGAUCGCGGGGCCCGUGUGUGUGGUGUGCUUCCUGAUGGUCACCGUCUUCUACAUCUGCCACAGCCGCUCGGUCCUUCAUCACCGCGUGCCUAACGAGGAAGACCCCUCCAUGGACCACCCCUUCAUCACGGUCGGAACCACCCUCAAAGACCUCAUCUACGACAUGACCACGUCCGGCUCCGGCUCCGAAUCGUUCUUCUCUCUGUUCUUCUGUCUAGCUCUUAAGUGUAAUUGCACUGCCUGUGAGAGCAGCGGUUAUGUCUGCGAGACUGAUGGGGCCUGCAUGGCCUCUACGUCCCACAUCAAAGGUCAGGAGGAGCAGCAAGUUCGGAUCUGCAUCCCCCGUGUCAAUCUGGUACCACCCGGACAGCCCAUCUACUGCUUGAGUGCCAAAGGCCUGUUUAACACGCACUGCUGUUAUACAGACUUCUGCAACAGCAUCAACCUCCAGAUUCCCAGCGGCAUUAUUGACGGUAAAGAGGACAGCUGGGGUCCUGUAGAGCUGGUGGCAGUGAUAGCAGGCCCGGUCUUUCUCUUUUGCCUGCUGCUUAUCGUAGGAGUGCUCGUUUUCCAGCAUCACCAGCGCAACUAUAACCAUCGACAGCGACUCGACGUUGAGGAUCCGUCCUGUGAUCAUCUGUACUUGGCCAAAGACAAGACCUUACAGGAUCUCAUCUUCGAUCUGUCCACCUCCGGUUCAGGAUCUGGUCUGCCUUUGUUUGUUCAGCGAACGGUGGCCAGGACAAUUGUUCUGCAGGAAAUUAUUGGUAAAGGUCGCUUUGGGGAAGUAUGGAGGGGGAGAUGGAGAGGAGGGGAUGUGGCUGUAAAGAUCUUCUCGUCCAGAGAGGAACGCUCCUGGUUCCGUGAGGCUGAGAUUUACCAGACCAUCAUGCUCCGUCACGAGAACAUCUUGGGCUUCAUUGCUGCUGAUAAUAAGGACAAUGGCACAUGGACACAGCUGUGGCUGGUGUCGGACUAUCACGAACAUGGGUCAUUAUUCGACUAUCUCAACCACUACUCCGUCACAAUCGAGGGGAUGAUUAAGUUGGCUCUCUCAGCGGCCAGCGGCCUGGCACAUCUGCACAUGGAGAUCCUGGGAACACAGGGGAAACCAGGCAUUGCACACCGUGACCUCAAAUCUAAAAACAUCCUGGUGAAAAAGAAUGGUACUUGUGCCAUAGCAGAUCUGGGGCUCGCUGUACGGCACGAGUCCAUCACUGAUACUAUAGACAUCGCACCUAAUCAGAGGGUCGGCACCAAAAGAUAUAUGGCCCCAGAGGUACUAGAUGAAACGAUCAACAUGAAGCAUUUUGAUUCUUUCAAGUGUGCUGAUAUCUACGCUUUGGGACUGGUAUACUGGGAGAUUGCGCGACGGUGUAAUGCUGGAGGCAUCCAUGAAGAUUACCAGCUUCCCUACUACGAUCUGGUGCCCUCCGACCCAUCUAUAGAAGAGAUGAGGAAGGUGGUGUGCGAUCAGAGACUACGGCCCAAUGUGCCCAACUGGUGGCAGAGCUACGAGGCGCUGAGAGUGAUGGGGAAGAUCAUGCGGGAGUGUUGGUAUGCCAACGGAGCGGCGAGGCUUACGGCUCUGCGGAUUAAGAAGACUCUCUCGCAACUCAGCGUCCAAGAAGACGUUAAGAUCUGAAAGACGCGGGGUGCUGCAGAUCCCUGUAGAGACGCACAAGCGAAUAAAGACUUACGCCAAAAGCAGCCUGCCAGUUUUAGCCCUUUUUUGAACCUUCUAAAAGUUGCGACGAGGCCUACCUCACCAUCUUAGACGAAACUACUGAGGUUGAGUCCAUCCCAGCCCUUUUCCCUUCUCCGACAUCAAAGUUCCCAAUCGUGGAUGAGCCUCCAACCGCUGAUUUCAGCACAACCUCCCUCCAUGGACCUACUGUUGUUUCUCUUUUUCUUUUUGGCAGGAAUGACAAUGGAACUGUGACAGGCAUUUUGAUUUGAUCGUUUUUAUUUCACCACUUUCGUCCAAAAUGGACUUUGCCGUGUGACUUUUUUUAAAAGAAUGUUUCGAUUUCAUUUUUGUGCGUCCUCACACACUAACACAACGUAUGUCAUAUUCCAGUGUGAAUCUGUGAUUAUAUAUAGUGCUCUACUGCUGUUGUGAGAAUGUGAAAAAAUGUGGAUAACACUGUCUCCUCCUGUUAUGACUAGCAAUUUAUGUACAGACCUAAGUGUAGCAAAGCGAACACACGUGACUGUGUGACAAAGUGGCAUUGCAUUUCUUUGUUCCUGUGGAAGAAAUGAAGAAGUGCAGAUUAUUUACUCCAGUAAAAAUCAGCCUGCUAAUUUAUCUUCCUUCAGGCUGCAUUAGUUUAAAAACUCGCUCCAUUAAUUUGGUUUCGGGUUCGAAUGCUUUUUAAAU